UCACACCCGGAUGUUAGAUGUCAGGCUGCUGUGGACAUAGGCUGUGGAUGCAAACAGGACCGUUAAGAGGAGCCAGGUAACCGUGUGAAUCUUCACUUGGGACCCUGCGGACUGAACAUGGUGCUGUGGCUGCUUGGGGCCGCGCUGUUGGCCCGAGCGGCAGGCUUCUACCUGCCGGGUCUGGCGCCCGUCAGCUUCUGUGAGCCGGGGAAAGACCAAGUUCCAGACUGCAAGUCCACCAUUGACCUGUUUGUGAACAGGCUGGAUUCAGUGGAGUCUGUCCUGCCUUAUGAAUAUACUGCGUUUGACUUCUGCUCAAUGAAAACAGUGAAGCGUCCAUCAGAGAAUUUGGGCCAGGUUCUUUUUGGAGAGAGAAUCGAACCCUCGCCAUACAAGUUUGAGUUUAAGAAACCUGCAGUGUGUCAGAAGGUGUGUACCAAAACUUACGAUACAACAAACCCAUCAGACAAAGCCAAACUGGACUUCCUCAAGAAGGGCAUGUUACUCAACUACCAGCAUCACUGGAUUGUGGAUAACAUGCCAGUCACCUGGUGCUAUGAUGUUGAAGAUGGACAGAAGUUCUGUAAUCCUGGUUUCCCUAUUGGCUGCUAUGUCACAGAAGCAGGUCAUUCCAAAGAUGCCUGCGUGGUCAAUACUAACUUUAAAGAAAGGGAUGCAUUUUACAUCUUUAACCAUGUGGACAUCACCAUCCAUUACCAUGUCGUUGAGCAUGAACAACUCGGAGCCCGGUUGGUUGCUGCCAAGAUUGAACCCAAAAGUUAUGAAAACCCUAAUGAUGACAGUCCUGAUUGUUCUGGAGAGCCAAAGUUCCUGAAAAACAAAUACACAGGAAUGUUUAAGAUCCCAUUCACCUACUCUGUCAACUUUGUGGAAGACAAGAAUAUUCGCUGGGCAUCUAGAUGGGACUACAUCCUGGAGUCAAUGCCUCACACCAACAUCCAGUGGUUCAGCAUCAUGAACUCGUUGGUGAUUGUAUUGUUCCUGUCUGGAAUGGUAGCAAUGAUUAUGCUGAGGACUCUGCAUAAAGAUAUUGCCAGAUACAAUCAGAUGGACUCUGUGGAGGAUGCACAGGAGGAGUUUGGAUGGAAGUUGGUACAUGGAGAUGUUUUCAGACCUCCCAGGAAGGGGAUGCUGCUGUCGGUCUUCCUUGGUUCUGGCACCCAGAUCUUCAUUAUGACCUUUGUCACCCUUUUCUUUGCCUGUCUCGGGUUCCUCUCUCCGGCAAACCGUGGAGCUUUGAUGACGUGUGCUGUUGUUCUCUGGGUCCUUCUUGGAACUCCUGCUGGAUAUGUGGCAGCCCGCCUCUACAAAUCGUUUGGAGGUGAGAAGUGGAAGACCAAUGUUUUGCUGACAGCCUUCCUCUGUCCAGGGGUGGUGUUUGCUGAUUUCUUCGUGAUGAACUUGAUUCUGUGGGGAGAAGGGUCUUCAGCAGCCAUGCCCUUUGGGACCCUGGUAGCCAUAUUGGCUCUAUGGUUCUGUAUUUCCGUGCCACUCACGUUCAUAGGUGCAUACUUUGGCUUCAAGAGAGCAGGUAUUGAGCAUCCAGUUCGGACGAAUCAGAUUCCUCGUCAAAUCCCAGAGCAGUCAUUCUACACAAAGCCUCUCCCUGGUAUCAUCAUGGGAGGAAUUCUGCCUUUUGGUUGCAUUUUUAUUCAACUCUUCUUCAUCUUAAACUCAAUCUGGUCCCAUCAGAUGUACUACAUGUUUGGCUUCCUUUUCCUUGUCUUCAUCAUCCUGGUCAUCACCUGCUCUGAGGCCACCAUCCUGCUCUGCUACUUCCACCUGUGUGCUGAGGACUACCACUGGCAGUGGCGUUCCUUCCUUACCAGCGGUUUUACUGCUGUCUAUUUCCUGAUCUAUGCCAUUCAUUACUUCUUCUCAAAGCUGCAAAUCACUGGACUGGCCAGCACCUUCCUGUAUUUUGGAUACACCAUGAUCAUGGCUCUCAUCUUUUUCUUAUUUACUGGUGCAAUUGGCUUCUUUGCCUGUUUCUGGUUUGUUACCAAGAUCUACAGUGUGGUCAAAGUGGACUGAAGAAGCAUCAAGAGACACAGCACACUGUAUUUGGCUGGAUGUGGUUUCCCUUUCGUCAAAUUUGGUGAUGUCAAACUGAACUGAACAUUGCAAUCUGAACUUCCUCCUGGUUUCAUUUCUUCAGUCAGACGUGACUCUGCCUCAGACACACGACAGUUUGCUUUGUUUUGUGUGCCUCAAAUGUUUGUGUGUGAGCAUGUGUACACUGGGUUGUCAUUUUGUACAUACAGUAUCUGUCUGCAUAUAAUCUGAAUGAAAUGAAUCCUACCUGACACAUGGACAGAUGCAGUGCACAAUGAGCCACAGCUUGAGUGUCCAGCUCUCAUGUCGUGCAUUUUAGAUUUCUUUCAUGAUCCCUGCACUUUGUUUGCAGACAAAUAGAUGAUCUGCUACGUUCUCAGACCCGGUGUGUUAAAGUGAUGCACAGGUGUAAAAUGUGCCCUUGUUCCUAUUUUAAAUGAUAUACUUUCUUGAUUUGUGUGCAGUACAUCUUUAAUGAAGUCUGUUAUCUGAGUGUCACAUAAUGGUUUUUUUCACAUUUUCGACACUUGCAGGUCAGUGCAGGUUGUUGAGACUUUUGUUAAAAUGUGAUCAAAGCCAAUCAGCACUUGAUGGUUCCUGUGUCUCCUCAGAUGAUUGUGGAGGUUUUCCUGUCUGUGAGGUGUCGGGGAAUAACUUGCGCUAAUUAGUCUUCUACUGAGCUUUUGAGGAGAGGAGCAGGGUCAGCCAACAGUCUGACAGCAGGGCACAGUGCAGAAUCUUUUUCAGUAUUUGAACUUUGAUCCAAGAGUAAAGUUCAGAUCAGCCCUGUGGUGCCAGCGUCUGUUCCAACACACCAGGGCCGAAGCAGCAAUAUAAUCCCACUGGAUUCCCAGAGAGGCACUUCUCACUGUCUCUCUAUCUGUAUGGUCUGUGCUGUGAGCAAGAACUGAUUUAUCGCUCCAUAACGCAGCCAGUGUGUGGCCCUUUGUGCAUUUUCAGCUGACAGCUUUAAUUCUUCAGUUAUGUCUGACAAAUUUGACCAACAGCCAGUAGUUAGACACUCACUAAGCUGACCUUGUGGAAGCAGGCCUCAAUAUCAUAUAGGCAAAGCUUUAAAAGUGCUGAUUAGAAAAAUCAAAUGGAAUACCUUGUGAAACGCAGGCCAGCUCAUUUCACCUGCUUCCCUCUGUGACCUCCAGCAGAUCAUGCAAACGAAGGAAGUGCAACUUUGACAGAAAGUUGUGUGUGGUGAAGAAACAAAGGACCAAUAUGGACAACGUUGCUCAUAAGACAUUGACACCAAAACAAAACAGCAGGUAGCAUUCGAUUACAUCAAAGAGCGCCUCUUGUUUAUUGCAAAGAUUCUACCAAAUUACAAUAUGUUAAAGAAGUUCAAGUACAGUGAAGUCCUUUCAGUAUUGCAAAUAAUGUAUCGGUAGCAUUGAGUCAACGGUGACAUGUCAUCACACUGUGUAUUGCUUCAAUGCCUGUUCUGACUGUGAACACUGCUGAGAAACAGACUGAAAAGAAAUCCUGCAUUAUUAAUGAGGUGAGAGAAACAAGUGUAUGUGAACACAUCCCAUCAGCUCCCAACACAACGUACACACCACAUGGUAACACUGCUUCAACAGCCCUCACUUGUUGGGAGGCUGUCAUGAGACCGUUUAGAGCAGAUGACCUUAUUUCACAUGAGUUGGUUGGCCUUGUGUAGAACUGGUGACUGAGGCUCUGAGUGAAACAUUUUGUUUAAAUAACCUUUUCUAAUACUAGAUUGUGGAGGUGGAAAUGGAACAGAAGAGAAAGAUGUUUGCGUUAAUGGGAUUCAGAUAUAACAAUCAGGUUGGUCUAAUAAUUAAACAGCAUUUUCUUCUCUG